AUGUCUUCGUCACAAAACGAUGAUAAAAUGGACUCCAUUAUUCAGCUAUUAAAAAACCAGAGAGCUUUUCAGGAAGAGAUGAGGACUCGUAUAGCUAAUUUGGAAGCACGAGUGAUGGGUCAUAAUGGAGUCGAAGGAAACGCAACAAACAACUCUACCCUUCAAACAUUUACUCGCACAUCUAUGAAGUUGGACAUGCCCCGAUUUAAUGG